AAAAAAAAAAAAAAAAAAANAAACUCUCUUUCUCUCUCUCCGUUUCUCUCUCUUUCAGAGAGUACCGGAGUUACGCGUCGACGGGAAGAGUAUCGUCGGAAAAGCUUAAAUCAUCGCCGGUCGCACGAAUUAUUCGUUGUAAAAACAAACGCGUUGUGAGAGAGGAGGAGAAAAAAAAAAUUGAAAACGCCGAUUCACUUUUUUUUUUUUUAAUUUAAUAUUUUAUUUUAGAGGAAUUAAAUAUUCUCUGAUGGAUGCGAUUGGAUAGAAGGAAACAAAAAGGAAAGGAGGAAGAUAAAAGAGAGAAGACGAAUUAUUCUCUCUCUUCUUCUUCUCUCUCUCUCUCUCUUUCAUCUCUCUGUCUACAUCGCUGUGUUCUUCUUUUUUUUCCUUCUUCUUCUUCAAGGAUCGUGAUACUCUCUGGAGGAGGUAAAAAGUAAGAGUUGGUUGGCUGUUUGAUUAUAAUGAGCUGCGCAAGGGAUCCCGAAUUAGGCUUCUGAAUCAUAAAACCUAAUCGUCUCUUCCUUAUAUAUAUAUUUUUUUCCUGUCUAUGAGCUUUCAAAUGCAGCGAGUUUAAUUGCCCAGAGGGAAGUGAAAUGGUUCGUUGACGAAAUUUUUAAAAAAGUUCAAAAAAAGAUUUUGAUUUCGGUUUUUAGUUAGUUAAAAUUUUGGAAGAUGCCGUCUGAUAUAAUGGAACAGAGAGGUGUUUCAUCACCUUCCCAUUUUCGUGAAGAUAUUCAUAUUACUUCUGAGAGGCAAUUUGGGUUUAUGAAAUCAGACCUGAUGCCUGAAAACCAAGGUGGUCGUGAUAGACUUUCAAACCUGCCAAAGAGUUCCUGGGCUAAUGAAAGUUACCAGCUGAAGCCACAAUCUAGUUUUUCUGGGUCGCACCCUUCUCUUAUCCCUAACGCAAAAAACACUACAAAUGGUAGUCAGUGGGAAAGCAGUUUGUUUUCAAGCUCUAUGUCUGACUUAUUUAGUAGAAAACUGCGGCUACAGGGAAGUGAUAUGCUAUCCCCUAUGUCUGCAAAUAGAGUUGUUACCCACCGUGAGGAAGAACCUUCUGAAUCUUUAGAAGAAAUUGAGGCACAAACUAUUGGAAAUCUUCUCCCAGAUGAAGAUGAUCUUUUCGCGGAAGUGAUGGGUGAGGUUGGGCGUAAAUCUCGUGCCAAUGCUGGAGAUGAUUUGGAUGAAUUUGACCUCUUCAGCAGUGUUGGUGGCAUGGAACUAGAGGGAGAUAUUUUUUCUUCUGUGAGUCACAGAAAUGGGGAGAGAGGUGGCAAUAAUUCUGUUGGCGAACAUCGUCGAGUGGAAAUUCCAUCCAGAACUCUUUUGGUCGGAAAUAUCAGUAGCAAUGUCGAAGAGUGUGAACUGAAGGCCCUUUUUCAGCAAUUUGGAGACAUCCAGCCUCUUCAUACAGCUGGCAAGAAUCGUGGCUUUAUCAUGGUAUCGUAUUAUGAUAUAAGGGCUGCUCAGAAUGCGGCAAGAACACUCCAUAAUAAGCCGUUAAGAGGAACAAAACUUGACAUUCGUUAUUCUAUCUCUAAGGAAAAUCCUUCAGAAAACGAUACAAGUAAAGGAGCCUUGCUGGUUAAUAAUCUCGAUUCUUCUAUUUCGAAUCAAGAGCUCAAUCGACUGGUCAAAUCAUAUGGAGAAAUCAAAGAGAUUCGUAGAACCAUGCAUGAUAACCCACAGAUAUACAUAGAGUUCUUUGAUGUUCGAGCUGCAGAAGCUGCUCUUAGUGGACUAAAUGGACUUGAGGUUGCUGGGAAGCAGCUUCAACUUGUGCCAACCUGUCCAGAGGGUACAAGAUACACGUCACAUGAUGCUGAAGGGUGUCUACCUAAAAUGUCUUAUAGUACUACAUCAUCGGGACACAUAGGGAGACAUUUCCCAGGCAUGAUUCCUUCAACCUCCAUUGAUGGUGGAUCUAUGCGUGUUAUUCACAAUUCUGUCGGAUCACCUGUGAAUUCCUUUAUUGAACGUCAUCGAAGUGUCAGCAUUCCUAUUGGAUUCCCACCUUCGGCAAACGCCAUCUCAGCCAGCAAGCCUGUCGGACUUCAGGAGCAUGGCCACACUUUUGAUAAUUCAAAUAUGGGGAUCCAAAGCAUGCCAAAUCUUCAUCCUCAUUCCUUUUCAGAGUAUGUCGACAACUUUGCAAAUGGUAGUCCAUAUAAGUCCUCUGCAUUUUCUGAAAUGGUCAGUGAUGGCUCAAAAGCAAAUGAAGGCUUUAUGAUACACAAUGUUCGUGGAGUGGAUGGCUUUAAUGGAGGGGGCAUAGGAUCUCCCAUGCAUCAAAGCUCCCGCCGCCCUAACCCUAAUUUAUGGAGCAACUCUAACCCUCAGCAACAUAAUCCGUCAAGUAGCAUGAUGUGGCCUAACUCGCCAUCUCACAUCAACAGCAUUCCUACUCAACGCCCACCUGUUACUGUAUUCUCUAGGGCACCUCCUAUAAUGGUGAAUAUGUCAUCUUCCCCUGUGCACCACCACAUUGGAUCUGCGCCGGUAUUAAACUCGCCUUUCUGGGACAGACGACAAGCCUAUGUAGGUGAAUCUCUAGAAUCAUCUGGCUUUCACAUAGGUUCUCAUGGUAGCAUGGGGCUUCCUGGAUCUUCACCCUCACAUCCAAUGGAAAUUGGUUCUCAUAAGACUUUCUCCCAUGUUGGUGGGAGUCGCAUGGAUAUAAAUUCCCAAAACUCAUCUCUUUCCUGGAAGGAGUCCAAUGGGUUCCAUGCCAGGGUCCUUUGACUCGCCAAAUGAACGAUACAGGAAUCUCUCUCACCGUAGAAGCGAAUCUAGCUCUAGUAAUGCGGAUAAGAAACUGUAUGAGCUUGACGUUGACCGUAUAUUACAUGGGGACGACAGGAGGACAACGUUGAUGAUUAAAAACAUUCCUAAUAAGUAUACUUCUAAGAUGCUUCUAUCUGCCAUUGACGAGCACUGUAAAGGAACAUAUGAUUUCCUAUAUUUGCCAAUUGACUUCAAGAACAAAUGCAACGUGGGAUAUGCUUUCAUCAACCUUAUUGAACCUGAAAAGAUUGUCCCAUUUUAUAAGGCAUUUAAUGGCAAAAAGUGGGAAAAGUUCAAUAGCGAAAAGGUGGCAACGCUUACGUAUGCUCGUAUCCAAGGGAAAACAGCUCUUAUUGCCCAUUUCCAGAAUUCAAGCUUAAUGAACGAAGACAAACGAUGCCGGCCUAUUCUCUUCCACACCGAUGGUCCAAAUGCUGGUGAUCAGGAACCAUUUCCAAUGGGAAGCAACAUACGGUCAAGACCAGGCAAGCCACGAACCAGUAGCAUUGAUAACUACAACAGCUUUAGCAUUUCUUCCGUUUCUGAAAACCGAGAAGAACCUCCUAAUGGCACUGAUCCGUUCUUGAAGGAGAACUAACUAAUGAGCAAACAUAAGCAGAGGUAAAAGCGGCCAAAAAAAGAAAAAAAAAUGGAGGCCUGAAAGAUAACAAAAGGUUACAUAUAAAUAUAUUUUAUUACAUAAUAUAUCAUCCACACACCCUAGAGUUCUGUAAAUCGGGGGGUGUUAGAUUUACCCUGACAAAACUCAUUUUGCAGUGAAGAAUUUUUUUGGAGAGAUGAAAAACUUUGUUGACCACAAACCUUUACCCAGGUUGUUGUUGCUUCACCAGUUUUGUUGUAAUGUAUUAUCAAAAUCCCCAGAGAAAAUAUUGCAGGUUUUUUUUUGUUGUUCUUUUUUUCUUCUUUCUUUUGGGUUUUUGGGUUUAUAUUCAAGGAUUUUUGGUUCUUGCUAUCAAUGUAUAACAGCCUUGGAUUACACUCAUCUUCUUUUGCUGGCUAUUUGUAGCCAUUCCAUGUUGUACUCUUUGUCUUUGAGAGGUUUUUUGAACGCUUCUCUUUUUGGAUAUAAAAAAAUAUUAUUUUUCUUAA